UGUUUACACGAAUAUAUGAAUUGAGGAUAAAUGGAAGGUUAGGCUCUGCCACAGACUCUGGAAAGCAGAGAGAAAAGGAUGAUGAUGAUGAUGAUGACGGGUUUACUGGGUUGUUCUUGCCAGAACCAAACAACUCUGAAACUGCCUUCAAUUCCCACUUUCUCUUCCUUACCUUUCCUUUUCAAAAAUUCAACCUUUUCUUUCCACAAAUCGUCAUUGCCACGUCCCAUCAAAGCUCUCUCUUCUGCCAUCCUCCAAACAGCUACUCCUAAGGCCCCUCAAGACCAGGGUGUCAAGCUUCAAUGGAAGGCCACGGUGGACUUCAAGUGGAUAAAGGAUAACAAGGAAGCUGUUGCUGCCAACUUAAGGAACCGUAACUCUGACGCUGAUUUGGAUCUUGUUCUCCACCUUUAUGACGAAAUGCUUACUCUUCAGAAGGAAGUUGAGAGGGUUCGUGGAGAAAGAAAUGCAGUUGCUAACAAGAUGAAAGGAAAAUUAGAUCCCUCUGAGCGUCAAAGAUUGAUUGAGGAAGGGAAGACUUUGAAGGAGGGACUUGCUGCUUUCGAAGAUGACCUAGUGGAGCUUAAUAAUAGGCUUCAGCUGGAAGCACAGUGUAUACCAAACAUGACACAUCCUGAUGUUCCAAUAGGAGGCGAGGAUUGUUCCACCAUAAGGAAAAUGGUUGGCAGUUCUCCAAAUUUCAGCUUUCCUGUCAAGGAUCAUCUCCAACUAGGGAAGGAGCUUGAUCUAUUUGAUUUUGAUGCAGCUGCAGAGGUCAGUGGGUCAAAGUUCUACUACCUGAAAAAUGAAGCAGUUUUGUUAGAGAUGGCUCUUGUAAAUUGGACACUCUCUGAAGUGAUGAAGAGAGGCUUUACUCCAUUAACAACCCCUGAAAUUGUGCGAUCCUCUGUUGUUGAAAAAUGUGGAUUCCAACCGCGUGGAAAUAAUACCCAGAUUUAUUCCAUCGAUGACAGUGACCAAUGCCUCAUCGGCACUGCAGAGAUUCCUGUUGGUGGCCUUCAUAUGGAUUCUAUACUCUCUGACUCUUUCCUACCUUUAAAAUAUGCGGCAUUUUCUCAUUGUUUCCGAACGGAGGCGGGUGCUGCUGGCACUGCUACAAGAGGUCUUUAUCGAGUUCACCAGUUCAGCAAGGUUGAAAUGUUUAUUUUCUGCCGCCCCGAAGAGAGUGAACAUUACCACCAUGAGCUGAUUAAAAUUGAAGAAGACCUCUUCUCAUCCCUGGGAUUGCAUUUUAAAACUUUGGAUAUGGCCUCUGCAGAUCUAGGUGCACCUGCCUAUCGUAAAUUUGAUGUGGAGGCAUGGAUGCCUGGUUUAGAAAGGUUUGGUGAGAUCUCUAGCGCUUCAAAUUGCACAGAUUAUCAGAGUCGUCGUUUGGGAAUAAGGUAUCGUCCUGCAUCAGAAGCACAGGUGACAAGUGGAAAAAAAUCUAAAGGCAAUCUUGCUCCACCACAGUUUGUUCACACAUUAAACGCAACAGCUUGUGCAGUACCACGGAUGAUUAUAUGUUUGCUUGAGAAUUACCAACAAGAAGAUGGAUCUGUCCUUAUCCCCGAGCCCUUGAGGCCUUUCAUGGGUGGCCUUAGUGUCAUAUCCAGAAAAUCAUUGUAAGUGAUCACAGUCUUUGUUUCCAUUUGGAGGAUGCUGUUGCGGCAGAGUAUACUAUGGUGAUAGAUGAGUUGAAUCAAUUUUCAUCAGAAUGAUAUUUUUACAAAUGAUCUUACUGAUUUUUUAUCCUUACAAACUAGAGAUUUUGUAUUGUUACCCUUUCUUCCUCUGGAAUGUAGCCACACAAAUUUGAUAAUGCAACGUGUAUGUAAUUUUUUUA